GAAAGGGUCUUCCAGCUGUCAACUUGGUAACUUGGGAUCAGUGACAAAUGGUCAAGGAAAAGUAUUAAUCUGUGCGAUAUGACAACAUGCCCAAUGAACUGUCUUUAGUUAGUGUUGUCAUAUUCAUCGCAUCUGGUUUUCUGGUACUGGUGCUGCUGUUUUUGUUUGCCAAACGUCAGAUUACAAGAUUUACUCUCAAGUCCUCCAGACAAGCCCAUGAACCCAUUGGGGGAGGGGCUCCAAAGGAGAUGUGCCGAGAGAUUCUUCGCCGGCUGGAAUACACACAUGAGAUAAAGUCAGAACCUCCCCUGAUACAUGACAGGUGUGAAGCCAAACCUCACAGUUUAAAGGACUCAGGUGUGACAUGUAAUUACAAAUAUAGAAUGCUGGCUGUAGAUGCCUUCUCAUCCAUAGAUGUGACACUUGAAAAACUGAGUCCGGGGCAUCGACCCCGCCACCCUAAUGUAUCUGUGCGCAAGUACCUGUUGACAUUGCAUCACAAAGGCCCUCUGCUGGGUGCGCCCUUGCAGCUGAUACAUGCAUACGCAAAUGCUUACGAGCACGCCAGACAUUAUCCCCAGGAAUUUGGUCAAGAGCAGUAUAAGGAGUACAUAGAACUUCUUCAGAAGAUAAUCUCAUGUUUACAAGCGGGGUCUUCCUUAACAGAGCCCAUAGGACCAGAGAAAGUGGAGACAGAGGUGAUUUUCCAGGAGGGUCAGAGUGGAGAACCUAUAGAAACAAAAACUGUGCCGGUAGCAAGUGAGGCUGUGGUCACAAAACCUGGGGUGCUGCAGGGAAUGCAGACUCGCCUGAGGGGGACAGGCAGACAGCCCCGCCUUGGGGAUCAACAGGCUUUACUGGACAGUAUGUCAAGCGCUCGGAGUAGUGAGGAUAGGUCUGACCCUGAGGAUCUCACAGACAGACUUAUCUCCCCUUCUGCAGACAUCAGCUGCUGAAGUGUUGUUGGUGGAAUGAUUGAAGCAGGCUUCACUGGACUGGAUAUGUUCAGGCCCACAGCAGAGUGCAUAGUUAUUUUAUUCUGUACUCGAGAAUAUUUCCUUUAUACGAUGUCAGCCAGCAUUACGGUGGGAGUGGAAAAUUCGAACACUUCAGUUUUUUCUUGAUUCUAAAAUUAUGAGUUCAUGGGCUUCAACUACAAGAAGUAAUCAACACAAUGUGGAAGAAUUGAACACUUCAGUUAUUUUUGACUGUGAAAGUGAUCAGUCAUGGGCUUCAACUUCCAGGAAGUUGUCAACAGAAUGUGGAAGAAUUGAACACUUCAGUUAUUUUUGACUGUGAAAGUGAUCAGUCAUGGGCUUCAACUUCCAGGAAGUUGUCAACAGAAUGUGGAAGAAUUGAACACUUCAGUUAUUUUUGACUGUGAAAGUGAUUAGUCAUGGGCUUCAACUUUCAGGAAGCUGUCAACAAAAUGUGGAAGAAUUGAACACUUCAGUUAUUCUUGACUGUGAAAGUGAUCAGUCAUGGGCUUCAGCUUCCAGGAAGGAACUUCCAUUCAACAGAAUGUGGAAGAAUUGAAUGUUUCCACUACUGUCUGACAUGAACUUGAGAGACUCUAACCCUGAUGAGGUCCGAGGUUCUACUCUUGUCAACAAGAAAUUUUGUUUGAAUUAAAGUGUAAAUGUGAACACUGUCAUUUGUAAAUAUCUGUUAAAAAUGUAAUUCUUUAUGUUGUAAACAGGUUGUAUGUACACACUCAAUUUAAAUUUACAAGUAUUUGUUAUCUUUAUUCAUAUUUAUUUAUUUAAUUAUUUAUUUCAUGGGUGUUUAAUGUCACACUCAAGACUUUUUCAUGUUGAUGGUAUUGUUUAUGGCUGGAGGAAACCUUAGUGCUAAGUGUAAAUCAUAGUGCUCAGUGUAAACCAUAGUGCUCAGUGUAAAGUAUCGCCCCCCUUUCCAGGAAUCUGACAAACAGCUACACUUAAAAGUUUUUACCAAACUAUAGAAAGUUACCUGGAUGUUUCCAUGGUGCACAUUCUCUUGGUUUCAAUCUAAACAUUCGACAAGUUUAUCUUUUUCUGGCUGAGUGCUCCCGAGUCAAAUCAAAAAUGGUGGUUAGGGAAGUUUUGCAUGCGUUCGGUGCGCCAGGUACAGGUGUUACUUGUGACGAUAUGGUCUUAUUAUUCACAAUUAUUAUUACUUUACUACACGGCAUAAAGUCAGAGUUACUGCAGGAUUACAGGAAACCUAUUUUUUGUAGUGUAAAGAUUUGACAUGUUGAGGACAGCUCUCUGGCAGUCCUGGAUUUGGGCUAACAGAACAGUACUGUGGCCUGUUCCACAACGCCAUUUCUCUGUGAGUUCAAGUCCAGCUCAUGCUGUCUUCCUCUCAGGCCGUACCUGGGAAGGACUGCCGCAACCUACGGAUUGUCGUGGAUUUCCCCCGGGCCCUGCCCAGUUUCCUCUCACCAUAAUGCUGGCCACCGUCGUAUAAGUGAAUAUUCUUGAGUACGGCGUAAAACACCAAUCAAAUAAAU